AUGACACAACAAACCUCUGGACUGGAACCGCCAGCACCAAAAAUAGACUCAUCUUCACAGAUCAUGACUCGGCCUCAAAAGCCUUCCGAGCCUUUGCAAGAAGCAAAGACAUGGAACACAAAGAAUCUGGGUCUGCGAUUGGCUUCGGAUUUCAUUUCUGGAUUUACAGCUGCAACCAUGGUUGCUCCUUUGAUCACCAUCAUUGACAAAGGAAUCAUGCAGAAUGCCUCUGGCCAAGCAACCCUCAAGAACUCGCUGAAAGAGUCGCUCGCCGCCUUCCUCCUCCGUCCCCACCACCUCGUCUUCUCGAAGCCUUUCGGGCUCAUCUGCAUGUUGUACGGAGGCACGUACCUCACCGCCAACACGCUCGACACCAUAACCUCUACUGUUCAAGACAGGCCCGCUACAUAUGUCACCUCUGACACCCUCAAGUUCGCCGCAUCAUCUACUGCCAACAUUGGCCUAUGCCUAUUCAAAGACCAAACCUUUGCACGGCUGUUUGGGCCCGGGGGCCCACCUCGACCAGUCCCUCUGCCGUCGUACGCUCUCUUCACCCUGCGCGAUUGCCUGACCAUCUUCGCGUCCUUCAAUGUGCCUCCACUUCUCGGGCCCGUCAUAAGCAGGAACAUGAGCCAGGAGUUACAAAAGAGCUUGAGUGGACAGACAAUAGCGCAGUUUCUGGCUCCCGCUUCAGUGCAGAUCAUCAGUACGCCGAUGCAUUUGCUGGGGCUGGAUUUGUAUAACAGGGGCCAGAAGGGAAUCAGCUGGGGUGACAGAUGGACCAUUGUUAAAAAGAAUUGGGCAAUCAGUGCCGUGGCCCGCAUGUGCCGGAUCGUACCGGCAUUUGGUGUAGGAGGGGUGGUUAACGCCAAAGUCAGAAAGGGGUUGAUAUCUAGACUGGAGUAA